GGAGGGAAGAAAGCCAUGCUAGCCCAGGAAAAGAGAAGCAGACAAGCCUGCAGAUGGGCAGGCGUUAACCACAAAGGAGGGAAGAAACCCCUGCCCGCCCAGCAGGAGGGAAAGCCCGUGUUCAAGGACGUUUAUACCUGCCAGGAUUGCGUGGGUCACACGGGAAGCGUUUCUCUCUCUCACGUUCACGUCUGCAGUGGCAUGGGUCUGCUACUGAAGAGUCUUUUUCCCCUGAUGGGAUUGGUGCUGGCCAUCUACUUUUACUCAGCAAAGCAGGAGUUUAAAGUAGAGAUGCUAAAAGGAAAGCGAGUGAUUGUCACUGGAGCAAGCAGUGGAAUUGGAGAGCAAAUGGCCUACCACCUGGCACGCAUGGGAUCUCAUAUUUUGAUCACGGCACGGACAGAAGACAAGCUACAGAAAGUUUCCACGCAGUGUCGAGAGCUGGGUGCAGCGUCCAUACACUAUGUGAGUGGCAGCAUGGAGAACAUGGCAUUUGCACAGGAGGUGGUGAAGGAGGCGGAGAAAUUGUGGGGAGGCCUAGACAUGCUGAUCCUCAAUCACAUUGGCAGCUCAUACUUUGGCUACUUCAAGGGAGACACUGAGCACCUGCGAAAGCUCCUGGAGAUUAAUGUUCUCAGCUAUGUGACCAUGACCGUCUCUGCCUUGCCGAUGCUGAAGGAGAGCAGGGGCAGCAUCGUUGCAGUUUCUUCCUUGGCAGGGAAAGUUGGGAUCCCGUUUACCGUUCCCUACUCUACAACUAAGUUUGCCUUGGAUGGGUUUUUCAGCUCCUUGAGGCAGAUGCUGGUUGUUGAGAAUGCCAAUGUUUCCAUCACGCUCUGUGUCCUGGGCUACAUCAAUACUGACACAGCUAUGAAAACAGUGUCCCAUGUGUUACGUAACAAACCUGCACCAAAAGAAGAGUGUGCUCUGGAGAUUAUCAAGAGUGGAGCGCUGCGUCAACGAGAACUGCAUUAUCCCUACAUCUCUGUGACAAUUCCCCUCUUAUUAAGAGAUUGGGCCCCGGACUUCCUGGAUUCUCUCACAAGAAAUAACAUGGACAUAGAAAAAGUCAAAAGAACAUAGCUGGUAAUAUGUAUCAGGGCCUAAUUAGGAAGCGACUAAUGGCAUGAGCACAGAGGUAAAUACAGUUAUUUUCUGGUCAGUGAAAA